AGGCGAGGAGCUGUCCGCCUUGCACGUUUCCAAUCGCAUUACGUGCACAAAUAGCGGAGGGGCGGUUGAGCCAGAACCGCUUGUGUAACUUUGCAAAUGUGCCAGAAAGUUUAAAAUCUCUCCUCCUUCCUCCAGCCCAGACGCUGCCCGCUCUCGGGGCCGUCGCGCCGCUCCCGGUUGUCUGACAGCACUUCGGAAAGAGGAGAGAAGCGGAUGCCACGUCCCGGGGGCCGCCCUCGCCGGAGCAGGGUCUGCAGCCCACCCUAGGCGCUCGCUGCUCGCCGCGCUCCGCCCACCUCCCCGCUGGAAGAGUUCCCCCCCUCCCACGCGAUUUGAGCCCCGUUUUUAUUCUCUCCGAGCUGAGUCCUGCCGGAGCGGGAACAGUCGGGCACGGGGGAGCUAUGCGCCUCGCCUGGACCGCGCUCCUGCUCGGGCUGCUGCAGCUCUGCGCGCCCGUGCGCUGCGCCCCGCCCGCCGCCGGCCAGCAGCGGCCCCCUCGCGAGUCGCCGGCGGCUCCGGGCGCCUGGCGCCAAAAGAUCCAAUGGGAGAACAACGGGCAGGUGUUCAGCCUGCUGAGCCUGGGCGCGCAGUACCAGCCGCAGCGCCGGCGGGACCCGGGCGCCGCCGCUCCGGGCGCCGCGAACGCCUCGGCCGCACAGGCGCGCACGCCGAUCCUGCUGCUCCGGGACAACCGCACGGCGGCGGCGCGGGGGCGCACGGCCUCGGCGGGGGCCGCCACCGGCCGCCCCAGGCCCGCUGCGCGCCACUGGUUCCAAGCCGGUCACUCCUCGGCGGGGGCCCGCGACGGGGGCGCCCCGCGCGCAGGCAACCGCACCGCGCCUGAGCCUGGAGAGCGCCCGGCUUUGAGCAACCUGAGGCCGCCCAGCCGCGUGGACGGCAUGGUGGGCGACGACCCCUACAACCCCUACAAGUACUCGGACGACAACCCUUACUACAACUACUACGACACCUACGAAAGGCCCCGGCCAGGGAGCAGGCAACGGCCCGGCUACGGCACCGGCUACUUCCAGUAUGGUCUCCCGGACCUGGUGCCUGACCCCUACUACAUCCAGGCGUCCACGUACGUGCAAAAGAUGUCCAUGUACAACCUGAGGUGCGCUGCGGAGGAAAACUGCUUGGCCAGCUCAGCAUACAGGGCAGAUGUCAGAGAUUACGAUCACAGGGUCCUGCUAAGAUUUCCCCAAAGAGUAAAGAACCAAGGGACGUCAGAUUUCUUACCAAGCAGACCAAGAUAUUCCUGGGAAUGGCACAGCUGUCACCAACAUUACCACAGCAUGGAUGAAUUCAGCCAUUAUGACCUCCUUGAUGCCAGCACCCAGAGAAGAGUGGCUGAGGGCCACAAAGCAAGUUUCUGUCUUGAGGACACCUCCUGUGAUUAUGGCUACCACAGGCGAUUUGCAUGUACUGCACACACACAGGGGUUGAGUCCUGGCUGUUACGAUACCUAUAAUGCAGACAUAGACUGCCAAUGGAUUGAUAUUACAGAUGUACAACCUGGAAACUACAUUCUAAAGGUCAGUGUGAAUCCCAGCUACCUGGUGCCUGAAUCGGACUAUUCCAACAAUGUCGUGCGCUGUGACAUUCGCUACACAGGCCAUCACGCAUAUGCCUCGGGCUGCACGAUUUCACCGUAA